GUCUUUUCUCGACUCUAUGUCGGAGAGCUCCUGGGCCAGGCGAAAUUUAUCGCACACGGUCCUCCACUCCGAGCUCUGGUUGGCAGCCAUGUUUUCUCCGAGGUAUGACAAGUGUUCACCAGCAGAGAUGUUCUGGCGCCAUCUACAGGUCAAGCGGUGUAUUUACAGACAUGAGCGGGCUUCUUGCACGCUUAGUUGGCGGAUAUUACAAGUUAGGUUAUUUUUUUAUUUUUUUUUUAAUAAAUUGGGCCUGUCCCAAAAACCUCCAUUUGUGAUCUUUGAACUUGACCGCUUGUCUGUUUACACGACGUAUUUCCUGCGUUUGACCCAUAUUCAGACGCGCAGGAAGAUCGUGUGUGUAGACAAUGGUCUCAGCGUAAGAUCAGAUUCACACUAACAAAACGGGCUACACUUUACGCUUUCCUGCCUAAUUAUAUGUAAAACUGUACAAUAAUCAUAUAUUUCUAAUGGCCGAUUUAAGGUGAGACAUAAAAACCGUUUACCUAAUAGAUAUUAAAAUGCUUUCUCACUUGAUGAAUCACUGUACAUUAAGACAACUGUUUUGUAUUGCAAUCUUUUCUGAAAUAUAAUGUUUAUAAUGGCAAAUAUCUAAGUGAAUUUGCUCUUAUUUCCAGAAUAGAAGUUAAAACGUUAUAAUAAAUAUAAUAACAAAUAAAUAAACCCCUCUGUCAAAACCUUCACAGCACAGAAAGGAACCAAACUGAAAAGUUAAAUGCUACUGAAAUUAAGAUAAAAUAAAUGAAUAGAUUAAAAAAAAAACAUUUUCUCUCUGCUAUGAAAAGAGAUUUUGGAAGCAAAAAAAGCCCAAAAUGUAAAAUUUGAACAGCACAUUUGGUCUGUCUCUACGUCCUUCCUGAAAAUGUCUUUUAGUCUGUCCAAGCUGGUGUGUAGGUGGUUCGUCUCACUCACUCAUCAGUUGGCAGGUAAACCAUGGUUUUAAUUACGGGGUAUGACCCACUUUCUAAAGGCCUGGACCUGUCACGACGAUGAGUGGGACACCUUUUUCCAUUUUUCAUGUUUACAUUUAAACGGUGUUUUCAAAAGAGGUUUUAGUAACCGAAAAGGUUAGAUUACAAGCUGAUAAAGAUUAACCUACUCAGUAUAUUGCAAAAAAAACAGUCAAAUGUCAACAUUUCUGCCUUUUGCGUACACUUUUUGUUUUUUUUUGGCUUGUUAACCAACAAAUACAAAAUUGCAUCACCUGUUGGGUUUUGUUGGAUUAAUGCUGGAUUAGUAUUAGUGUUUAUCGCGUUAAAGUGAAAAUGACGCCUGUUUCCCAACAUUAUAAAUCUGCUGAUGUUUAGACAUAUCAAUUAAUGUCCACUGCCCAUUUUGGAUCGUCCUUCCCACAUGGCCUGUGCAAAGUGACUCUUUUUUUCUUACACCCACAGUAUGAUUCUUUUUUUACAUCACAAGCUAAAGGAGAAGUUCGUGAUUGUUCUUUCGAGAGUAGAACCGAGCAGAGAAUUAAAGUCGUAAAGGUGACAGACAUUUUUAAAGUGUAGAUACUGUUUGUCCUAAUAUACCUCCACUUUGUUCUCGCAAUUAAUGUAUGUUUCACUUCAACAGUUUGCUUUAACCUGACUCAAAUGUACCUGAAACGCUGCAGAGGCUGCUAUGUUUUAGUUCCUCCUUUUGGUUAAUAGUGGGUAGAAUAAUAGCAUUAAUAGCAAGCUUUUAAAUAGGAACUUUAAUGGUCUUGCAUUGUUUCUGUAUUUGGCCAUACAGAGUAAAAUUAGAAAAGCUGUUAGCAAAUAGUGUUAGUUUUUAGGGAUCAAAGUCAUUUAGUGAAAUAAUAAUCUAAAAUGGGGGGUUAAAAAAGCUAGCAAUUACGGUUUAAAAAAAGAUGGUCGCCCAAGUUUUAGCAACGUUUCAAGUUUUAGAUUAAUGAUUACAUUUAUUGUACAUUUUAUUAACUUAAAUAAUGUUGUAUACCUAAUUAUGAAAAUCUGUUUUGUAUAUUUAACAAAUGCCCAUAAAGACCAUAAAAAACAACACGAGUUAACUGUGGUUCUUCUAAUUCAAAAAACAGUUGCACAUGUUUUAUAAUAUAAUAUGUUAGCACAAUGAUAUAUCCUUAUACUGGCUGAUUUUAUGUAAGAAAUAGAUAUUAUAUAAAUCAAAGUGCAUUACAUCACAGCCUUGUAUUACAUGUUUUCUGAAAUAUUAUGAUUGUGCUAUUAAUAUAACGCAGGUGUUAAAGAGAAAGCCACAUGGUUAAUCAAAGUUCAUUACAAGCAGCUGAGUUAAAUCCCAAGAUAUAUAUAUAGAAGUGCAAGGUGUUAUUCGCACAAAUGAAAACAUCAUAAAGGUGGACAUAACUUAUGAGAAAUGUCUAAGAAACAUAGCUAUUUUAAUCCGAAUCAUGAAAUGUGAAAUGCCACUAUAUUUAACAUUUUUUACUAUUUUGGCUUGAACAUUUUUACAAUAUUUAACAGUCCAAAUGUAUUUGUUUGUGUAUUUUAGUUUAAUUUGUUGAUUUACUUUAGAAUGUUGGGUUGAAAUGAUAUGAAAAGAAAACUAUUGUGAAUAAUGAGAAUGAAUCAAAUUGUGAACCUUUAGUUACUGUAAGGUGCACAAAGUUUGUGAAUGGUCUGAGUGCGAUUGGCUGUUUUACAUGUAAGCUACAUAAGAGUUUUGCUUAACUUCUGUUUUUAUCUUGUCUGGGAAAUUUUCUGUCUGUUUUACAGGGUCACAGCAGCCUACAGCAGCUCUGUCUGUGUGCGUUUAAGCAGUUGCAGUGUAUUUUAGGAAGUGACGCUACCACCCACCAUCAGGAAAUGGACUGUUUCUUUUAGUAGAUUGUAAGUCAUGAGCUAAAGGCAAAUCGGUCUUUUACCACAGUCAUAUACGCUGUGUAUUUUCAUCAGAAGCUGUAGACGAAGGGGAGCGAAGGUAAACGGAAAGCCACCGUGGGAAGGUGCAGCCAACUGAACAAUUCACUAUUUAUUACAACCUGGGAGUCUUAUCACAAGAAACAAGAACAACCUGGAUACUCCACAAUGUGUGAGGUGUUAAUUGUUUAUACCGGUGAAGCCAGGGAAUGGGCCGAGUAUCUACAGCAAAUCCUGGCGGCAUCAUGUAGCUUUCCGGAGGGCUCUGUCGUUCUGUGUGAUGUGAAUGAAGAGAUGUGGAUGAAAAACCACAAGUUGUUUACCUCUUGCAAAUGCAUCAUGCUUUUGCUGUCUGCUGCAUUGCUGGACAUGCAGCAAGACCCAGAAGCGCAGGACACUUUCCGGCAUCUUCUUCAGCCUCCAUUCAAAGUUGUUGCCUUUUUGUGUGGUGUAUCAGAAGGGCAAGUGUCCGCAGACUAUUUUGAAUACUGGGAGUACUGGAGAAAGCUUGAUUCAGAAGACGAACCAUCAGUAUAUGUGUCUACUGUCCUUGAGUGUGUUGGAUCUGUCAGUGAAAACCAUUGCCAGAAUCCGUAUGAAAUUGAACUAGAAGAACAAUGGAAUGAGUUCACAUUAUCCGAUAUUCCUGAGACUUUACCCGAUGAGACGGAACAGAUUCAGUUGAACGGGGAUGACGUGUGUCAUGCUGAAGAAACUUCUCCAAAUACCACGGAGCCACAAGAUGACCAAACAUGUCUCACCGCCCAACCAGACAGAAUCCUCUGUGGGGAUCAUGCGAAUAUUUAUAUAAUCAUGGUAAAGAAAAUUGUGGAUGAGGGCAGACUGGAGGUGGAGUUUCACUCUCAAAACUCGACACCUCAGCGGAUGCCUGGGACUCUUGUAAAUGAGUACAUUGUUACUGUACAGUCACCUGAUAUGCAAGCUGGGAAAGUCUCAUUGACUCUUUAUCAAAAUGAAUCUGUGAUCUGUUCAACAACUGUAACAUAUUACACAGAAAUGGAAGAAAUCUGCAAAUAUCUAAAGAAAGCAAUGGAUCCAAUGCAGUUCAUGUGUCAGGCAUUUGAUAUCACAUCAAAGGCGCCUGAGUCUAUGGAUAACUUGCUUGCAGACUGUCUGGAAAAGCGGAUGCCUCUAAAUGCAUUACAAGUAUUUGGAAUUAGUCAACUUACAGAUAACACAACAGCAGAUCACCGUGACGUGGAACUGCCAACACUGCUUCACUUCUCAGCCAAGUAUGGUUUAAAAAAGUUAACCUCUUUGUUGCUGCGGUGCCCUGGAGCCAUGCAGGCCUACAGUGUGAUGAACAAAGACGGGGAUUACCCCAACAAACUGGCCGAGAAGAGUGGCUUCUCUGAUUUAAGACAGUUUAUGGAUGAAUAUGUUGAGACAGUAGAUUUAGUAAAGACCCACAUGGAGGAAUCUCAGAACACCGCUGGCAAUGAGGAUAUCUAUGAGGACAUGUUGACGGCUUCCCAAAAUUUCAUCACAAAUUUCGAGAAUGAGGACAUUUACGAGUCUAUGAUGAAACUAAAUCCUGACAUGGAUGAUGACCUAGAUAGUGCUCUGGAGGACUCCAGCCCGGAGACAAUACUGAGAAAGUUUUUUGAAGCACAACCUGCCAAGAAUUUACCACACUGUGAGCAUACUUCAACCAAUGGAGGAUUACCUGAAAUGGAUGAUGAAGACUACCAUGACCUUCAUGCGGAAAUCUAUGGGGACAUAGAAGAGGAUCCGUAUAAUCCGUGCUGCCCUGAUCAAAUUUAUGACACGGUGGAGCCACAGUCCACCCCUGAAAUAACCAACCGCCCACCAGCACCGAUUCCACGACCAGCCAACCUGCCAGAGCCUGAGGAGAACACAACCUACAUUUCCAAAGUAUUUUGCCUCAAGGAUCCUGUAUACUCACUCAGCCAACGGCCAGAAAGGGAUUCCUCUUUGGCUCCUGUGCGGCUGGUGAGAGAUAGAGACAUGAGCAGUCACCAUGACCCCUUUGCAGGUAUGAAGACCCCUGGACAGAGGCAGCUCAUCUCUCUUCAGGAGAGGGUGAAGGUGGGCGAGCUGACUGUGGAAGAGGCGGUCCAGGAGUUCAAGGCUUGGCAGUUUGAUCAAGAUAAAAGAUGGCGCUCUCUCCGCUUCCAGGAGGAAAAUUUGCAAAGAUUAAGAGACAGCAUCACUCGACGCUGUAGAGGCAAAGGGACAAAUGAGCUUAUGAUUACAGCGCCCAUGCAAACGAACGUUCAGUGGGGUUCUCAAAUUAACGUGAAUUGCUCAGUGUACGAACCUGCACCUCGUUUGACUGCCCAACCCCCUCCUGUUAGCAGACCGCUGCAGAGAGGAAGCUGGCAGACAGGAAGCACCUCCAGCACUUCUAGUUUGACCCGUGCAGGUAGCGGCAGUCACAGACUGAGCAUUCAGAGCACUGUCAGCAACAGCAGCGGGGUGGACGGAGACUGUGAGGAGCCUCCGGACCUUCCACUUCCUCCACGGCCUCUCCGGCCCGUAGUAGAUACUCCACCUGUACUCCCUCCACCUAGAGUCCCACCACGGGUAGUAGAGAGGAAUCCAGAUAUACUAAACGAGCGAUAUGUAUCAACUCCCUCCCGUCCUGUUCAUCAGACUCCUUCUCAAAGGUCCAUGCCGCCUCCACCUAUACCGAGACGCACGUGGUGAAGGACUGCUUCAUCAGGGCUGCCUUCUGUUGACUCUGCACUUUUCUUGUUGAGCCUUUGAGAGCUGUAAGUCUCUUCAAGCUGGUUGUGUCCAAAACUGAAGACAGCUGCUUUGCUGCCCUGUCAGUCAAUGACCUUACAGAGGUUUUGUUUGAAAGUGCCUCUUAAGGAAACUGGUUUGCCUUUUAUACUCUUUUACCACUUCCAUCUACAGAGAAUAUUAUGCAAACAUCAGUUUUAGUCUCGAAGCGAUGUUAUUUUUUGUACACUGCCUGUGGUUUCAGUAUCAAGGGUUUUGAUCUAGACUCAACUUGCAAUGCAAACAAGCGCCUUAGUUUAUAGGUAUUAAAUUAUAAAUGUUCAGCUGAAGAUAUGCAAUAUGUCUUUCAAUAUGGCCACUUGUUUGCAAUAUUGCCGUCUGGUUUGCGAUAGUCCCACUAGUAGCGAAUAGCAAACUCAAGAAUUUGCCUACAUUUGCUGGGAUCCGAACUUUUUUCUGUUUGAAAUAUAGAUUGUGCUGGCUGGGAUUGUUCAUGAGAUGAGGAGAUUCAAAGCUGAAUAGUUUUAUGCGUUUUAAAAAAUAUUUAUUGAUGUAUUCUUUAUUACCAGCUAUGAAAUGUCAGCCAAAGAGAAGCAGAGGAAGAGUGUAUUUAACAGCAUAAAAGGUGUGAACGCACAGUGUGAGAAUGGCAGAUGCAUGGUUUGUGUGGGUACAGUAUUUGUUUUUGGGUGUGUUCAUGUUUGUUAGACCACGAAGAUACAACUGAUUAAAGUCAAGAUUAAAUGGA